CAACGAGUCAAGCCAGAAGAGGUUGAAUUUUUAGACGAGAGAUUGAUGGAUAACACUUACGAUAACAAGGGUGGAUCUGAUAUGUCGUCUUAUGGAUGGAAGGCCUCUCAAGAUUUGAUUAAGGUGCGUGGCGACAAAUUCCGUGCCGAAAAGAAUAAGAAGAAGAGAGGUUCUUACAGAGGAGGUCAAAUCUCUUUUGAGAGCCACAGCAUCAAAUUUGAUUAG